CCCUUUUUAUCGACAGUAGCCUGCAAAGUAUAACCAAAGGAACGCAGGAACUGAAAUCCGAAUCGAGCAAAUUGACACGUAAACAGAGCGGUUGCCCGUUGACUUUUACGCGAAAACAUGGACGAUCAGUUGCUGGAACCCUCACUAUACACCGUCAAGGGUAUGGUGAUACUGGAUAAUGAUGGCAACAGAAUACUGGCAAAGUAUUACGACAAGAAUGUAUUUCCAACUUCAAAGGAGCAGAAAGCCUUUGAGAAAAAUCUCUUCAACAAGACACACAGAGCUAACACAGAAAUUAUCAUGCUGGAUGGUCUGACGUGUGUUUAUAAGAGCAAUGUCGAUCUAUUCUUCUAUGUAAUGGGCAGCUCUCGUGAAAACGAGCUAAUUCUUAUGAGCGUGCUGAAUUGCUUAUAUGAUUCCAUAAGUCAAAUUUUGAGAAAGAAUGUUGAAAAGAGAGCAGUGCUUGAUAGUCUGGAUAUUGUGAUGCUGGCUAUGGAUGAAAUCUGCGAUAGUGGCAUUAUUUUGGAUGCCGACGCGAGUAGCGUAGUGACACGGGUAGCACUGCGAACAGACGACAUUCCACUUGGCGAGCAAACGGUAGCACAGGUCAUACAGUCAGCAAAAGAGCAACUUAAAUGGUCGUUAUUGAAGUAAUUUAAUUUUAUAAAAUUAAUGUUAAGAAAAAGUAAAAAAUGGAGCACGUGACGUGAGUGAAAAAAAAAAUAUUACAUGAUCUAUGUGAAUAAACUAUGUGAAUAAACUAGCAACGACCAUGAUUAUAAA